UGUAAAACUUCAUAUCAGUGUGAUAUCUGUGGUAAAUCAUUCACUGAAAGUUGCAACUUAGCUGUUCACAAACGUAUUCAUACAGGAGAGAGGCCUUACAGCUGUGAUAUCUGUGGUAAAUCUUUUGCAAUAAGUGGACACUUACAGAAUCACAGACGCACUCACACAGGAGAGAAACCCUAUUGUUGUGAUAUCUGUGGUAAAUCCUUUUCACAAGCCAACCAAGUUACUAUGCAUAAACGCAUUCAUACAGGAGAGAGACCAUUUCAUUGUGAUAUCUGUGGCAAAUCCUUCAUUGGAAAACAAGUGUUAAUGGUUCACAAACGUAUUCAUACUGGAGAAAAGCCAUAUCACUGUGAAAUAUGUGGUGGUUUAUUCUUGUUAAAAAAUCACUUAACUGUACACAAACGUAUUCAUACAGGUGAGAGACCUUACAGCUGUGAUAUCUGUGGUAAAUCUUUCGCACAAAAUGGUGACUUAAAGGCUCACAAACGCACUCACACAGGAGAGAGACCUUACCGCUGUGAUAUCUGUGGUAAAUCUUUUGCACAAUGUGGUGACCUAAAGGCUCACAAACGCACUCACACAGGAGAAAAACCGUAUCGUUGUGAUAUUUGUGGUAAAUCCUUCGUUGGAAAACACAUGUUAAAGGCUCACAAACGUAUUCAUACUGGAGAAGAACCUUAUCACUGUGGUAAGUCUGUGGUAAAUCAUUCACUGGGAGUGGUCACUUAGCUCUUCACAAACACAUUCAUACAGGAGAGAAGCCACAUCAGUGUGACGUUUGUGGCAAAUCAUUCUCUCGUAGUCAUUACUUAUCUGUUCACAAACGUAUCCAUUCAGGUGAGAAGCCAUAUCAAUGUGAUAUCUGUGGCAAAUCAUUCUCUCAAAAAUUUGGCUCAGUGAUGUGAAAUACAUGUGAAAGAAAGCAGUGGUAAUGGAAGAUUUAAGUAGACAUGGGCAGAAGUGAUGAAGAAUGACGUCUGGAUGUUGAAUCACCUAGAGACAUUGCUUAGCAACGUGUAAACUAAAAGGAAAUCUUUGAGAAAUGAUGACAAUGUGACAGAACUGUAAAAAAUAAAAUUCUGAGAUUUAAUUAAAAAGUAACAAUAAAGUAUUUCAGGAUGAUUAUUAUUAUUAUUUUCCAAAUAAACAUGCACUUUAUAUUCUUUCUUCACACGUUUAUAA